AUUAGCAAUAUGUGGGCAAUACGGGUGUAGCGGUUUAAGUAGGACAGUUGUCGGAUGUAUUUAGUGCUUCAAUGUCAAAUAUAUGUCCGCGUUUGAUAGACUAUUUUGUACUGGUUGGUUCGCGAUUACCUGGGAAUGCGUACUCAGUGCAGUCUCCUGAAAUUCUUUGUCGAUUUCCUCCCACAAACCACAAGGAUUUCCCUCUUCCUACAGAUGUGUCUUUCUUUUGUCAGCCAGAAGGAUGUAUUAAUACUUCCAGCAACACAUUCCCUAUAAAAUCUUUGGAUAAUAAUCUUGAUGGGAUAAAGUCAAUGACAUUUUUAUUUUCGCUAACUGAUAAGGAUUCCAGUAAAACACGGUAUGGUAUUUGCACCAACUUCUUCAGACCAGUCAACCUUAGAAGUGUGAGUAAAACUACAUAUCCAAAUGGCAGGGAAGGCACACAUUUUAGCGACGUAUCUGGUAAUGGACCAGUUCCAUGUUCGAAUGAAAGUAUCCCGGAUAAAUCCUUACCAUCUGGAAAACUAAAGAAUACAAAUAAUGUCUAUAGCUUAACGUCAAUCUGUUUAAUCACUCAUUAUCCUUUUGCUACAACGUUUGCACGGCUUGUGCAGUGUGUACAUGUAAUUUUAAAAAAGCUACACAAAUUGUCAAAACCCAGCUGUGUGGAAAGUCCAGAUAUAUGGGAUGUAUUGACAAGUAAUAUUACACUAUCAUGCUCUUAUCCUGUUGUGGAAAGCACACGUCAGUUCCAGUGUUGGAUUCUCCGGCUUCUCAGUGCACCAGCACCAAUUCCUGGCUGUACAUGUGUAUAUCUUUCAGUUCAACCGCAAACCUUAGGUUCACCUUUGUGUUUUGCUCUUCCUGAUCAAUCACGUCUUCCUUUGGUUGAUUUUCCUGUGAAUCUGCCUUUUGAAAUUAUGGGUAUCAGGAAAACUUUUCGUUUAAUUAUGUGUCUUCUAUUGGAACAAAAAGUGGUUUUACAAUCAUCUGAUUAUAAUAAGUUAUCCUUAACAAUUUUAUCAUUGGUUGCAUUACUCUAUCCACUUCAAUAUAUGUUCCCAGUUAUUCCUCUUCUACCUGCAUGUAUGCCUGAUGCAGAACAGCUUUUGUUAGCGCCUACACCCUAUUUAAUUGGUGUUCCGACAGCAUUUUAUACUGCACGGAAAAUUUUUCGUAUGCCUAAAGAUGUUUGGUUAGCUGAUUUGGAUACUCGUGAAUUAUCUUAUCCUAUGGUGGUUGAUGAAAUACCAGAGUUACCUGAAAUAGAAAGUAACAUUCUUAUUAAUCAUUUAAAAAAAUUACUUCACGAAUUUUCAAGUUCACCUCAUAUUGAUUUGGAUUUGGAUGAUUCUUCGAAACAUUGGCCUGUUUCUGUAGUACGUACAACUGCAUUUGAGUUAUCGAAAUUUGAUCCUUUAUUGUAUACACUGACAAAAGAUUCUGUUGAUGUCGGUAUACGUGUAUCUAUGAUUCUCUUCUUCAAUACAAACAACAUUCUAGGUGGAUUUACUAAUCAUAUACGUACUUUACGAUUAUUUCCUCGGCCAGUCGUUGCAUUUCAGUAUGAAAGUUUUAUGAAGUCUCGUCCAAAGCCAUGUUUGUUUACUAGCAUGCUUGCAAAAACUCAGGCUGUUGAAUAUUUUGCUGAAUCUUCAAUUUGUGCAUUGAAUGAAGCCUAUCAACGUAUCUGUUCAGGAGUUUAUUCCACAGAAUUAAUUGGUGAUAAGUUAUACUGGUAUAAAAAUCAGUUAAAACCAGUCUAUUUUGAUUGUUGUGACAAAUUAAUCGAUUAUGCCAAUGUUACAGCUACUAAUACACCCAUAUCAAAUCAAUCAUCUCCCAAGCUCAAACUAUCCUUAUCAAAUUCCAACCAGUUAAUGUUAUUUCAAGCUUUUGAAUUAGCAAAACGUAUCAUAAAUAGACGAUGUUCUGGUGAUAUAAGUACAGAGAUUGAUACAGAUAGCAUAAAUAAUGAUACAAAUAAUUUAUCGAAUGAUGCUCAAACCAAUGAUUUUAUUGGUAUGUUUAAAACCUAUUCCGAUGACUCUGACUCAAAUCAUUCUUAUGAAAACAUUGUGUCAAAUCGUACAAUAUCGAAAGAGAUGGAAGAUUGUAUUUCAGUUCAAGCAAAUAAACCAUUGCCUGAUUGUCUAACUGAAUUUUACACUCCACCAACUGAGUUAGUUUAUAGCAAAGAACCUAGUACUACACAUUGUAGUCUAUCAUUGGAAAAUGCCGAAAGUACAUUGUCGAAUUUCUGGAGUCAAUCUACUCUGAUAACGUCCGAUCCCAGGAAUAUUAACGAACAACUGAUAAAUACGAACACUGGAAUACAGUCUUUUGGAGUUCCUAAUUCAGAAAGUGGUACUCUAACUAGAUCGUCAUCAAUUUCAUCGAGACGUUCGACAAACGAUACUUUACAUCUUGUAUCUCGUUUAUCCUCCUCUAUUUUUGUGGGCAAUGGUAAUGAUUCGAAAAAAAGCUCUACAGUAACAUCAAAUAAUUUUGGUGAUGAUAAUUUGAGUUGGGAUACAUCUGUUACUUUAUUAUUUGGUGAUUUGUUAAAAUCAAACCGUCUUCGAAGUUUAGCAUUCAAAGAUGUUCCUCUUUCUGCUUUACAAAUACAUAAAAAACGAUUGGAGAAUGAACGUGCAAUCAUUGAUUUAUCAAAAUCCAUUAAACAAGGUCGAAUACCAAAUAUAUUUUCACGUAAUCAAAUUAACACAUUAUUACAAGAUGAGAAUUAUCGAAAUCUAUUAAUUGCUCGUAUAAAUGAUAAUCUCUCAAAAGAUGUCCUACCAAAUCAAUUGCAUAUUGAUGAUGUGCCUAUUCAACAGUGGGAUCAAUAUAAAGCAAUUUUAUGGACGCUUAAACAAAUGAUCAAUGGUUUAGAAUAUAGUUUUCGACCGGAUAUUGUAUUCCCAACUACAAAUCAAUAUGAUCGCAUUACUAGAGAUAAAUCACCAUCGUCAAAUAUUCCAAAUCCAUUGAGUAACACUAGUUGGUUAUCCUAUUCUACUGGUAUUUUGAAAAGUGGUGGUUUGGCUUCAGCGUUUAUGCUUAUGGAAGUUGCACAUACACAUUUCUAUCGGUUGCCUAAUCGAACAGGGCACAUAGAUAAUAAUCAUGAUGAAAAAUUCUUUUGGAAUAGCAUGCCAACUACACCCACAACGGAAUUGAGAUCACCUAUACCUGCAAGAAGAUUAGUUGGUAAUGAUAUUUCUUCAGUUCGAUAUCAAAAUAAUCAAUUAGAUUUAUCGGACUGUGAAUCAUACAGUAGAAAAGGUUCAAAACUAGUUUCAAAUUCUAAUUCAAUACCUUCUUAUGGAUAUUCUAUAGAUUCAUCUGUAUCACAGCCAUCAUAUUGCAUAACUUCACCCACAAAACAUCAUCAUCAAAGUUAUCAGAAAAUGUCAUCUUUUAAUCAUUCACAAUCACCGGAUAUCAGUAAUAACACUACCACUACCACUACCGCUACUACUACUACUAAUACUACUGAUUUAACCAAUAGUCAAUUAUCGAAAUCAUUACAUUUAUUAGAAAAUACAUUUGAGCUAACUAAUGUUUCGAAUAAAUUAAUUUUUUUCAAAACAAAACUUGAUUAUUCUAAUCAACAAUUCAAUGAUCUAUAUAAUAGUGUAUCAUCAAAAUUAUUAAAAAAUUUAAAAAAACCACCUUUUCAAAAUGCAACAAAUACAAUGGGAAAUCAUAUCAUCAACGAUCAUCUUGAGGAUAAUGUUGAUCAUAAUUCUAAUGAUCUAUUAUUACAACAUCAAACUGUUGUGGCAGAUUCAUCUUCACCUCAAACUGUGCCUUAUAUUAAUUCACCAUUUACUAUUAGGGGUAUACAUAUAAUGCAUCAUAGUAAUACACUUGAUCAUAAGCUAUUUCGUGGUCAUGGUCGUCAUCAAUUCACCAAUGUUAUUGUUACAAUGAGUGAACCAUCAUCGGAUAGAGAAGAUAAUGAACAAAUUCAAUCAAAACCUAUAUUUAAAUCAGAUAGUACUGAUAUUAUUAAACACAAUAUUCAACCAUUGAAUAAUGCAAACAACACUAUCAAUGUUGGUCAUACUGGAAGUUGCAUUACAGUGAAUCGACAUAAUGAAUGUGAAAAAUUCGAUAAAUUGUUUGCUUCUGAUGCUAAACUACAUGAAUCAAUGAGUAAAUUAAAACCACAUCGUAAUAAUGAGAAUGGCGUCAACGAUGAUGAUAUACCGCCAGAUUAUGUACCGGAAUUGCCUAAUCGUAAAAGUCAACGAAGUUUUGGCUACAGAUAUUACCAAUCACACUUAAUUUUAACGGAUCCAUCAAUCACAUCUAGUUCAUCUGAUGAUACAGACGAUCAGACCACAUGUACAAUAUUUACUUCUUUACCGAAUACAUGCACACCACCAGCAGUUUAUCGUCCUGACUUAAAAUUUCAUUUUAAUGAUACUGAAUCAGAAAAUGAAGAUAUAGAUAAUAAACAUCAACAACAAAUAGAGAUAGAACAACGAAGAAAACAAUCAGAAUGUCAUAUGUGUAAACUAACUUUGCUGAUACCAACUCCACCUCCACCAAAUUCAUCAUCAGUCAUGACAGUAUCUCCAUCUAAGAUGAAGAAAGUACCAUGGACUUACUUAUUUGAAGAUAUUUUCGAUACUGAAUGGCAUAAAAGUAAAAUAUUGGGUAAUCUACAAUUUUGGGAAGAUUCCUUUUUAGAUACAGUUGCACAGGAACGAGAUAUACUUGGUAUGGAUUUUCGACCAAAAGAACUUUUAUUAAAAUAUCAAAAUGCUUCUUUAUUAAAACGUAAACAAAUGGAAUUAGAAGAAGAUUGUUUAUUAGUUAAUAUAAUGCAUAAUAUGAUUGCGUUUAUGCUAAUGGCUAAUGUGGAUCGUAUAUCUAUACGUAAAAAAUUACAACGUCUACUAGCUAAAAGUCAUACAGGUUUACAUUAUUCACGAAAAAUUAAUGAUUUAUUAAAUUCAUUGAAUUAUUUGAAUGGGAAUGAUAUCGAUUUAAAUGUGGCUCAAAGUCGUUUUAUUGUACAACGUUCACAUGAAGCCUACCGUGGUUCAGAUGAGAGCGGUGAACUAAUAUUUCUUGAAGUUUGUUCUGAUUAUCUAUUAAUUCGUAAUUUAUCUGGACGUAUAUUAGAACGCUUAUGGUAUGAUCAAGUGAUCAAUUUAACGUAUAGAUCACAUACACAUAUAUUAUGCAUUACAAGACAAAUAUUAGAUCAUUCACAAAUGGAUUUAUUUUAUACUCGUAAAUCUCGUUUAGUUUAUCAACAGAUCAAAGAAUCAAUGAAAAAUAUAUCUGUAGAAGCUUCACAUGGAAUAUUAAAUGGUGAUUUGAACGGUGAGAUUAAUGCAACUAAUUUGGACAACAAUCAACCUGGUACUAUUAGUAUCUUACCAGAUGGAUUCGUUAUCAAAUUCGGUGAUGAGCAGAAAUUUAUCAAAUUGCAUAAUAUUAAACGUUGUUGUACAAUAAAAUCAGAAAUAUUUACGAUUGAUGUCUACGAUCAAGAGAAGAAAGCAAUGAUCACUUAUCGAUUUCAAACGGAUAUGGCUUUAAUAAUUUUAAGCUUAUGGAAAAGUAUCAUUGAAUCGGCUCUUCGACCUAAAUUGAAGAAUAUGACAAAGUCAUGAUUGAUGAUGAUGAUGAUCAUGAUGAUUGACAACUCAUUUAUUUCAAAAUUUUGUAUCACUUUUCUCAAUGUCAUCAUCAUCAUCAUCCUCAUCAUUUAAGUAAUUCAUUUACUCUGGGAUAAUUCAAAAAAUAAUCAAAUAAAUCAAUGAUGUCAUAGCAACUAAUCAUAAUACAUUGGGAUACAUACAAAGGAAAUAACAUAUAUUUUGUUGUUGUUGCUGCUGCUUGUUAUUGUUCCCAAAUCAAUUCUGUAUGUACAUGUGAUGAAUGUAUUUUAAAUGUUCACCUCCUGUAUUUUAUUCUUGUUCAACAGUGUUAAUUGUCUUCCUUAUAAUAUACACAUUUCAAUAUUCUUUCCUUCCUUGUAGAUGUUGUGAUCAUGAGUAUGUGUGUGUGUGUGUAUUCCUUCUCUACUUGAUACUUACAUAAGUUACUUUUGAUUGAUUGAAGAGAACAAUGUUGUGUACAUUUUGGUUUCUAUUACAUUUUAUUCUAUGUAUCACAAGUGAAAGUGAUCGAAUUUUCUCUAUUGUUUCAGUGCCUGUUGUCGUUAUUCAAUUGUAUUGACAAAUGAUUAUCAUUACUUAAUUACUUACGUAUGCCUGUUACUCCUCGUUGAGGAGCAUAAACCGCCCAUCAGCAUUCUCCAUCCAACCCUGUCCUGAAUAAUUAUUUCCAGUUCUUUCUAAUUGUUAUUCAUCCUUUUCAUAUCUGCUUUGAUUUCUCGACGUAAUGAUCAUUAAUACAAUCAUUAUUAUAGUUCAGGUUAUUUUUAUUCACAAUUAUCUGUAUGAUGUUUCAAAUGUCUUUUUCCUCUUGGCUUCAUUUGCUUUGUAUAAGUCAUUAGUUACCUAUUGGAUUAUCAAUGAUCUUUUGUUACUAUAUUUCUAAUUCAUUAUUACUGUGAUAUUUAUAUCCUCUAUCAGUUAGUCUUUCCCUAAUAUCAUUUUCACUAUUAUAACAAUGAUACAGAUAUUUUUUUUCUUAUUGUUGGUGAUCAAUUUCCUUCGUGUUCCCUCCUCCUUCCUCCCUCCCUCCUCACGACUCAUUAUUAUCUUUAUAACUGAAGAUGAAUUCUUGAUAUAACUUUCUAGAUUGUUGAUUUUAAAUUUCUUUGUGUUCUUGUCUGUUACUUCAUUUACAUUCCAUGAUAAAAUGGGUUAUGGUAAGAUUUGUUUAGUUGUAUUUUGCAAAAUCUACACUCUAUUAUUAUUCAUAUCACUUUGUAUCUGUGUGGUAAUGUUGGUAUAGCAACUUAAACUGAUGUAUUUUGCGUACGUACGUACGAAAUUCUACGUUGUUACUGACUGGCUGACUGACUGACUGAUUAGCAUCAUCUUCACAUACACAUUCCUCGUUGUAUAUGUCAAUUUGUUUGAUAAAUUACUUUUCAUCGGUAUUAUUAUUAUUAUUAUCAGUUGUAAUAUUGUUUAUUUGUUUCAGUUUUCUUAAUGUAAAAAUUUCGAUCAUUUGUUAUAAUACAAUUUGAUUGAACC